UUCGUCACUGGGCUCUUGUGAAUCCAAUUCUCUCUUUUGAGUCAAGCUUUUGAGCGUUGAGAUUCUUACUUCUCUCUUUGGUCAAGCUUUGGGUCUCUCUCUGUGUGAGGAUUUCUAUUUAUAUACACAUUCACAUACAAAAUUAGCUAAAAUUUUGAUUUGGUGAAAUUAGGGUUAGGGUUGGGGAUUUUUGCUUUUGAGUGCUUUUCUGGAAGUAAUGGAUUUCGAUUUCCAGAGUAACCGUGUUCAGGUUCUGCUAACCAUCGUCGGUAUCAUCGCUCUCAGCAUCACAGCUGAAAAAUGUCGGCAGCUGGUUGGGGAAGAGGCUUCAUCUCAAAGUGGGAAGUUUACUUUCUUGAACUGUUUCGACAUGGGCUCUGGAACUGUAGCAUGUGGUGUGAAAGAGGGCGUGAAGCUGUACUUCUACAACAUUAGAGCUGCUCAUGUUGAAAAAGCAAGGAAUAUUGCAGUUGAGAAUGCCUUAGUUGACGCAUUGUCACAGGGGAUGGCUCCUAAAGAUGCAGCCAAACAAGCACAGAAAGAAGGGGCAAAGGCCGCAAAGUUGGCAACCCGGAAAGCCAAGCGCAUUAUAGGCCCCAUUAUCUCCUCUGGAUGGGACUUUUUUGAAGCAAUAUACUAUGGUGGUACCAUGACAGAAGGGUUCCUCAGAGGCACUGGAACAUUGUUUGGCACGUAUGCUGGUGGUUUUUUUGGAGAGCAAAGGUUUGGGAGGUUUGGCUAUCUUGUGGGAAGUCAACUGGGCAGUUGGGUUGGAGGUAGGUUUGGACUUAUGGUAUAUGAUGUGGCUAAUGGAGUGCAUUACUGGCUUCAGCUUGUUCAAACUGCAGAAAGUGUUCUUCGUGAAACACCGGCUUAUGAAAAAUUUGAAUCUUCUGAGGAUACAACUACUUACGAGGCUCCUCCUUCAUAUAUGAGUUCUGAGGCAUCUGAAGAUUCCAAUGCUUAUGAAACUACUCCUGCUUAUGAGAGCUCUGAAUCAUAUGAAGAUUCUGAAUUUAGGUGAAUGCAUUAGAUUACUUUUAUGAUUUUCUUUUUCUUGAAAUUCUAUUGAUUAUAGAUACAUUAUGAGCUAUGUUAUACUAACUUAUUCAAAAUUUGUGUAUAAAUCUACGAAUAGUCACGUUCUACAACUGCAUGUAGUCAUACUUGAUAAAUGUCACCAUAAAAUUAUGUGUGGGAGUUGAUGGAAGGAGCAUGAAGACAAUUUAUUUUUA